AUGGCACAGCCUUCAAAGGGAGCCGACUGGGCUGACGACGAGGAAUUCGAUGAUGCCAACGCCCUCCCGCCACAGCAAGUACUGACGAACAAAGACGGAACGAAAACCGUGAUAUCAUACCGCUUCGACGACGAUGGCAAGAAAGUCAAGACCACCCGUCGCAUUCGCACUACGAUCGUCAAGGAACAUGUCAACCCCCGAGUAGCUGAGCGAAGAGCAUGGCCUAAAUUCGGUCUGGAGAAGGGUCACCCGCCCGGCCCUUCGUUCGAUACCACAUCCGUCGGAGAGAACAUUAUAUUCCGACCAAGUGUGAACUGGAAGGCUCAGGCUAAGGAGGCCGAGAAAGAAGGUGGCGAUAAGGAUAGUAUGAAGGCGCAGCUGAAGGAUAAGAAGGUCAAAUGUCGAAUUUGUAACGGAGAGCAUUUCACUGCUAGAUGUCCGUUCAAAGAUACCAUGGCGCCUGUUGAGGAGGGCGCUGGCGGUGCCGGUGUGGAUAUGGAUGGUGAUGACGAUAAGCCAGCUGCCGGUGGGCUUGGUCAGAGCGGAGCCAGCUAUGUUCCCCCUGCUAUGCGAAAGGGCGGUGCUAGCAGUGGUGAUAGGAUGGCUAGCAAGUAUGAGAGGGAUGAUCUGGCGACACUACGCGUUACCAAUGUCUCCGAGCUGGCUGAAGAGCAAGAGGUUCGCGAUAUGUUUGAGCGGUUCGGACGAGUCACACGAGUCUUCCUUGCCAAAGACAGAGAAACAAAUAUGGCCAAGGGCUUUGCUUUCAUCAGUUUCGCGGAUAGAAGCGAUGCUGCUCGUGCUUGUGAGAAAAUGGACGGCUAUGGUUAUCGACACUUGAUUCUUCGCGUUGAAUUCGCAAAGAAGAGCACUGACGCGAAAUGA